AUGACACUUUGAAUUGUUUACUUUUUUGGACUUUGUUAUUUUGAUUUGUUUAGCUUAUAUUUUUAGUAGUGUGUUCUAGUGUUUUUCCCCAUUAUAUGCAUAACUUUUAAGAAUUUGAUUCGACGUGCGCCUGUUAUAAUAUAAAGGUUUUACUGAUACAACACACCAGUUGGAGCCACAUAACGUGUUUGACGGAUAACACGCACGUUAAAGUUAACGUGAGUGAUACAGCACAGGGCUGAAUGUCGAUAUUCAAACUCGAAAUUAACGGGAAAGUGCAAACGUAGAUUCAUUAUUCUUUGUGAAACUACUGUAAUUAGGUCAACGUGAAACUUAAUAUAUUGCUAAAAUGCAAGAAAGCUGCACUGAUCUGGUGGCAUGUGAGCCUGCAGAAGAUCAACAAGAAUAUUUAAGCAUUAACUACACUGACCAUUUUCCUGAUUCUAAUACGAAAGCUGAUACAGAUCAAAAAUGCAACAAUUUAAAUAGAAAAUUCACUUGUAUCAAGGGUCCAAAACACCCAAGUACAUCAGAAUCUAUGAAUAAUAGUAAGCAUUUUGAGAAGUACGAAAGGUUGUUCAUUAGGCUUAUCAAGCUUGAUAGUACUAAAUUGAGUCAGACUGGACCCAGCAGUAAUGCUAAAAACAGUUCACAACAAUUAUCAUCGGCUAAGCUCGACUUCAAAGCAAAUUUAACUGAAAGCCCACUUAAAAGACCAAAAAUCGAGAGUAAAGGAGGGAAUUUGCUUAAUGUAAACAAAACUGAAAGUGUACGAAUGGAGGAAUUGCUUUGGAAGCAAUUCAAAAAACGUAAAGAAAAAUUAGGACCAGAUGGAAGUUCAGGAGAAAAUAUAAAAGAGUCUGGAAUUAGUGAGUUUGAAAUUGAACCAUAUGAGUACAAAAAAACCGAAAAAUCAGUAUAUGAAACAUACGUUAAACUAGUAACGGCUAAUGGCAAAACAGAUCAUUGCUGCCUGCUUUGUCCAUUCGUGGGGCAAAGUUUCCAUCAAAUCUCUCUGCAUUACAAGUUUAAGCACAAGGAGAUACCGAUUGAAGAAAUGCACUUUUGUAAUGUGAGAGGGUGUCAAUUUAAAACUAUCCAUAAAGGUAUGUUCAAAUGGCACAUGCGAAGACAUGAAUUGGUAGGCAAUAAGCUGAUAUCCGCUGAAUUUACCUGUAACCAGUGUGGUAAAAUUUUUGAAAACAGAAAGGGAUUUUUAAUACACUUGAAGCACAUGCAUAAAGAACAAUUGGCUCAGAAUGAUUUUCCUUGCUCCACCUGCAAAUUUAGAGCCUCUAUCAAAGUGGAACUGGAGUCGCAUAUAUACAAAUGCCAUAUGCCAAGCACCGCUAAACCUAAAUUUACUUGUAACAUUUGUGGAUUUACGACUAUUUGUCAAGAUUCUUUUCAGAAGCACUUAACAAACGUUCACUUGAAAAACAACUGACAAUAUCUACAGAUUCUUUAUAUUAUACAAACUUUUUUCUACACUACUUGUUAGUAUUAGUGGUAACAAUGUCUAUGAUGAGGCCUUAUUUCAAGCAGCAAUAUGAAAGGUUUAUUUAUUGUUUAUUUGCACAUUUAAUUAAGUAGAAUAUGUUUAGAAUUGUGCGCAUCAAGGAAUAUAUGCUAUAGACACCAAACAGUUACGUUUCCACAUUUGCACCUUUCAAUCGAAAUCCGCCUCCAUGAAUCUUUUUAUAAACAUAGGCGUUAAUCGAAUUUAUACAUAUUUAUACAUAACAUUAAAAACCUUUGUAACUAUAUUGAUUGAAUGUAUGAAACUUAUAACAUUUUUACAACUCAAUAAAACGGUAAGCCGUA